AUGUUGCUAUACGCCCUCUUUUUGCUGCUGUAUGUCUCCCCGGGACUGGUCAGCGCCCAGGGCUAUGGCUCAUACUAUCCCGGAGCCCGAGCACCAGCCUCGAUGCCCCUCAACGAAUAUAAUGGCCCACCACCAAGCAUGAUGAAUUCGUACGCACCAAAGGGACCCCUGCCAUUCGCUAAUAAUUUUGGCCCGCGCCCACCACGUCCGUUCUUCCAGCCGCCAAGACCCGUUUGGCGCCCACCGCCACAGCCGAAUUUCCACUAUCAGCCUGUGCCCAUUCAGACUUAUCAACCACCACCACCACCGCCCCCGGUACCUCAAGGAUACGACCAGCCACCACCUGCGACGUACCAUCCCGCUCCGACUCCACCCCCAGAGUCCUACGAGUCCUCGAACGAAAGUACCGAAUACAACUAUGGCCCGGUGGAGACGAGCACCCGAUAUGUACCUACCACCCGGAAUUACAACUACGCAAAGGCCGUGACGACGACUCGGCGCCCCACGACCACUCGGGCUCCGACGACAACUAGGCGACCAACGACCACCAGAGCACCAACGACCACUAGGCGGACACAACCAACUACCGUUCGCCGAACACCUAGCACUACGAGGACACCACCAACAGCCCCGCCCACAAUGGCCCCAAGGACUCGAGGACCCGAAUGGGUGACUCCACCUCAAUCUCCGAAGAUCGCCUACUUCCCUCAUUCGGCUGAGGAGGGAGAAUCACCCUGUGAUGCUGCUGCAGAGGAUGGAGAUGGAUGCUGGGACUUCUUCCAAUACGUGCCUGGAGUUCGUGCCGGGACCCCUUCGGAGCCAGUCGAAUCGACAGAAAAAACCGAGGAGGCAUACCAACCGGAAACGUACAAAACCCCUCCUCGUGAGAUGACCUCAUCCUCAUCCGAGGAGAAGAUCCGCGAGCAACCAGUUGACACCACCACGGUACGGUAUGAGGCCCAUAAGAAGGAGGAUGCUGCCGCCGCGGAGUACAAGAGGGAGACCGAGGAUCGGCCAGAAACGGCCACUUGGAAAUUGCCCACUGGCAACGAGGUGUUCAUCGGAACCGAGUCUGGAGAACCUGUUGAAAUCCGGGAUAAUGUUGAAGAGGUCAAUGGGGAUCGUGAGGAAAACCCCGAAAAGGAUGUCGAUUCGGCCGAGCCAACAACCACCCAGCAGCCCCUGAAGGCUUCAAAGGGAAGCCAGCUGCAAUGGGUGCCCGCCGAAAAGGGGGAGGUGAUGAAGGGGAAGAGAAUCCACCCCACAACCACCGCACCCACAACAACAACAACAACACGUGUUUCUGAAUCGGAUGAGGUGGAAGGGUCUGGGGCUGUGGCUGCCGUCACUGAAGCACCCACCACCACCGAGCCCUCCACAACCACCUCUAGCCCUAGCGACGAGCAGAAAGAGGAGGAGAGGCGGGAUAUCAUCCCCGAGCCCGAGGAGUUGAAAGAAAAGGAUGAGGUGGAGACACGGAGCGGAGAUUUGACAUUGGAUAAAGUGGAAGAGGAAACGACUUUGAAAACAGACACCGAGGCAACAACCACCGGAGUCCCCGAGCCCCGACUGCUGGUCCGAGAGUGGAACAACGGGAUCUGGCGUGAGCCGAGCACAAUCCCCUCCACCUCUGCUUCUGACACCACCACCACCACCACCCAGGCCACUCACUCCACAACGCCGUUGACCACAACCACCACCACCACUACAACCACUGAGUCGACCACUUCCACAACAACCACAACUACCACUUCAUCCCCGAGCACUCAACCACCGGCUGUCCAUUUCUUGGACAAAGCCCCGGUGGUCGAGCGCAUCGUGGAUUUGAGUAAGCUGGAGCGACUUGGUGUGCUUAGCACGACAACCACCACCACUGAAGCCCCACCAGAUCUGACCGUAACCUCAAUUCAAACCCAAAACAAAUUCAAUUCACAAUCUCCAAUUUUAAACAAGGCCAAUGACGAAAACAGUCAAAUCUCAUUGCACUCAACUGGUGCAACGAUACAAGAAAUUGCCGGGGGAGCUGGUGGUGCUCCGAAUAAAGUCAAACAAGGAACGUUCGGUGGCGCAUCGGAAGAGAAAGGAAUGGCCAUGAUUGUAUUCCCAAUGGAAGGGCCGAAGCCUGAAGUGCCGAAUUGGUAUAAUAUCACGGAAAGUCAGGGAGAUCCUGAAGUGAACGAGCUCACCGCGCAGAUCCGGAAGAGCUCCGGAAAUCCGAGAAACAGCAAGACUCGAUCCACC